UUGACGUAACACAUCACAAUACAAAACAUAACCUAAUAUAAUUUAACCUCUAGAAAAAAAAGGUGUUACGUUUUACGGAAAAACGCACAUGCCACCAUGCCAAUAGAUCACAAGAGAAUCAACGGACCGGAAAUUACAAUUCCAUACCAGUUAUUUGACAAAUUAAAUACCAAGUCUGGAAAGUCUCAAUUUAAGGAUUUCGUAAAAUCCAACGGAGUCCGCAUCGAUGGGAGAUCAGCGAACGACCACAGAAAAAUUUUUUUAAAAACAGGUGUUGUCAGUCAAGCCAAAGGUUCUGCAUACAUCGAACUAGACAAAACAAAAGUUAUAGUAUCAGUAUUCAAUCCCCGUGAAAUACCCAACAAAUCUGAGUACAGUUCUAAGGGUGAAAUAUACUGCGAGUUCAAAUAUGCGCCGUUUAGUUGCCACAAGCGAAGACUGCACCAACAAGAUCCAGAGGAGCUGCAGUACAGCGCUAUCAUGAAACAAGCACUGGAGUCUGCUGUAUCCCGACAUGAGUUUCCCAAUUUUCAAGUUGACAUUUAUGCGUUGGUUUUACACAAUGAUGGAGCUGCAUUAAGUGCAGCAAUAACUGUAGCUGGAGUUGCUUUAGCACAUGCUGGGAUACCUAUGUAUGAUUUAAUUACAUCUGUUACUUUGGCAGUACAAGGGGAAUUUGUAUUAGUUGAUCCGAAUUUAGAAGAGGAACGUUUGUGCCAAGUGCCGUUGUUUAAAGAUGAACAGAACACUAAUCAUGGAAUUGUUGUUUUAUCAAUGCUGGCUACACAUGAACAAGUUUCACAGUUUUAUCAGACUGGAAAUUUGGCCAUGGAUAAUUUAACUUCUGCAAUUGAAACUCUCACAAAUGCUGCUAAGGAUAUUGUUGUUUUGGUAAAGAAGUGUCUUGUUAGGCAUGUGAUUAAAAGUGCUCGAAAUGUAGAAGAUUAGUAACUUAAAUAUUCUUAUAUAGGAGAAAAUGAUUUUUAUUUGAAUUUUUUAUUGUUAUUAAGAUUAGUCAUAAUUAAACGAAUUUUAUUAAAAAAUUACCCGUUAUUUUAUAGCAUUAUUCACGAGAGGCUUUACCACAGUAUGGAUAUCAUUGAUCUCUAUACUGUGGUUUUACCUAAAAAAAAAAAAAAUCGUAACGCAACCAACAAUACAUUUACAUAGUCUUUGAUUUAGAUUUAGUAUCCUUAUUCCUUUCUUUUUUAUUUUUAUGUAGUAAAACAACUGUAAAUCUAUAUUAUGACGGGUAUUUUUUGAUAAAAUUCUUUCGUUUAAUUAUGACUAAUUUUAAUAAUCAUAAAGUCUAUACGUCUAAAAAUAAUUUUGUCCUAUGUAGGAAUAGUUGUUAGUAUUACGUUGGGUGAUUUUUUAAAUUUCUGGUCUAGUAAGCUAUAACGCUUACAUCAGCAGUGAAAUUAAAACGGCUGACGUUAGCGGCAUGUCUAACUAGGGCAGAAAUUUAAAAAAUCAUUCAGUAUUAAAUUAUAAGAUUAAACUGUUUAUAUUGUG